AUGCAUAUGCAUAGCCCGUCCGGCUGUCAAAUGGUCCGAGAGACCUACGUUGAGAGCGGGGUGGGAUUGUUUGCGAUUCAAGCGGCGAUGCUUUGUGCAGCAUUGCAGAACCCGACGGAGCACAGCCGAGGACCAAGUCAGACGUCAGCCUAUUUGAAAUGCCAAGCUUCGGACGCUGUGUAUCAAGCGGGGGAGAGGUACGAGAUGCGCUUCCGUUUGGUCGCCAUCGUCAAGCAGCAUGUCGAACGGGAAGCUUCGCGGACCGAUCGGCCAAUUUGA